AAAGAAUAUUUUUAUUUUAGCUACAAAUUAGCAAACCCAGAAUAGUUUAUCGUAAGAUAAGCCUGGUAGAGAGGAAAAUAUUAACCUUCUAGGGUCCUAAAGUGGAACUAGGAACUUAUUAGAUAUGCAAAUACUCAGGCAUUAUUUCAGACAGCCCAGUCAGAGAAUUCUGGGGGUGUGGACCAGCAAUCUGUUUUAACAAACCUUUCAGGUGAUUCUGAUACACACUAAAGUUUGAAAGGUUUCUUUAAGGCUUUCCAGUUUUCUUUUCUUUUUUGGAGGGAUGGGGGGGUGCUCCCCAUGUUGCCCAGGCUGGUCUCAAACUCCUAGCCUCAAGCUACCCUAUCCUCCCACCUCGGCCUUCCAAAGCAUUGAAAUUACAGGCAUGACCCACUGCGGCCUGCCUCCGUUUUUAACUUAAAAAAAAUUUUUUUUUGGGGGGGAGCGUUAAUCCUUUCUAUUAUCCUGCUAGUAGAAUCUUACUACUCCUGAGGGUAAUCUUUGUCAUAAUCCAAAAGCCUUGAAUAAAGGCCUAUUUGUAUAGUUAUGCAGAAUAUAUUCCUGGGAGGUUUGCUUUCCUUAGGAGCACAGGUCGGCCCUGGGAGGUGGGGGUUGGGGGGCAGGGCUACAUUCUAAAGUCCUGUAACAACGCACAAGUACAACUGAAUAAAACUCGGAACAAAGGCAUCAGGGCCACGGUGCAAGUCUUUGUUCAUCCGUUCCCCGACUGCUCACCCUGUCUGAUACCGCUCUUUUCCACCCAGAAAAGCAGCCACUCAAGUUUUAAGAAUGGAUGUAUGCCGCGGACGUUUUCGAUUAGCCGUUUUCUCCCAGGCACUGGAGGAUAUUCGUGGCUGCAGGAGGCGCUUCCAACCUUUCCUCAACCUAGCAAAGAAGUAGCUGAAACUAACCCAAGGCUUAGAACCGAAAAGCCCCUUCCAGCUUCAGAAGCAGAACUAGAAGCUCGGAUAGACUUCUCCGCCUCUACACUCCUGGAAAACCCGCAGUGGAUUUCACUAACUUCAGGAUCGGAGCCCCGGCAGGCGAACGCACCUUAUUGCGCAUGCUCGCUAGCCCCUCCCGCUCGGAGCUGAAGGGGGAGCGCUGGGGGCCUGGGCCUGGCCUGGCCGGGGCGUCGGCACCGGCGGCCAUCUUGGCUUCCCGGGGAAAGGCGGCGUGAGGGGAAGAAGUUGUAGGGUGGGGGCAGGAGUGAGGAGGAGGGAAGAGAGAGGGGGAGGAGGCCGCGGCGGGGCAGGGCGGGGACUGCCUGCCUGCCUGGGUUGCGGAAGUGAUAGCCGCUGACCGAGCCUGCUGCUUUCUUGCUACUGCUUCGGCUUCCCGGCUACCCCUCGGACGGUGAAGGCGGCCCGGCUGUGGAUGGUCAGAUAGCCCUUGUCUCCCGCCGCCAAUCUCUGGCCCCCAGCAGCACGGAGCAGACGGCGGCAGCAGCAGCAGCAGGCGAGGAGGAAGAUGGCGGGACGGCUGCCGGCCUGUGUGGUGGACUGUGGCACGGGGUAUACAAAACUAGGAUAUGCUGGAAAUACAGAACCACAGUUUAUCAUCCCUUCCUGUAUUGCUAUUAAGGAGUCAGCAAAAGUGGGUGAUCAAGCUCAAAGGAGGGUGAUGAAAGGUGUUGAUGACCUAGACUUCUUCAUUGGUGAUGAAGCAAUAGAAAAACCUACAUAUGCAACAAAGUGGCCAAUCCGCCAUGGUAUAGUUGAAGAUUGGGACUUAAUGGAAAGGUUUAUGGAGCAAGUGAUCUUUAAAUAUUUAAGGGCAGAACCUGAAGACCAUUAUUUUCUUUUGACUGAACCUCCAUUGAAUACUCCAGAAAACAGGGAAUAUACUGCUGAAAUAAUGUUUGAGUCCUUCAAUGUUCCAGGCUUGUACAUUGCUGUGCAGGCUGUUCUUGCCUUAGCUGCAUCUUGGACCUCAAGACAAGUAGGAGAACGGACGUUGACUGGUACGGUAAUAGACAGUGGAGAUGGUGUCACUCAUGUCAUUCCUGUGGCUGAAGGGUAUGUGAUUGGCAGCUGUAUUAAACACAUUCCAAUCGCAGGACGAGAUAUAACAUAUUUUAUUCAGCAACUGCUGAGAGACCGAGAAGUAGGAAUCCCUCCAGAACAAUCCUUGGAAACUGCUAAGGCAGUAAAGGAGCGCUAUAGUUAUGUCUGCCCAGAUUUAGUAAAAGAAUUUAACAAGUAUGAUACAGAUGGGUCAAAGUGGAUUAAACAGUAUACUGGAAUCAAUGCUAUCUCAAAGAAAGAAUUUUCUAUCGAUGUUGGUUAUGAGAGAUUUUUGGGACCUGAAAUCUUUUUUCAUCCAGAGUUUGCUAAUCCAGACUUUACACAACCUAUCUCAGAAGUUGUAGAUGAAGUAAUUCAGAAUUGUCCUAUUGAUGUCAGACGUCCUCUCUACAAGAAUAUUGUCCUCUCUGGAGGUUCAACCAUGUUCAGGGACUUUGGACGUCGCUUGCAAAGAGAUUUGAAAAGAACUGUAGAUGCCCGGCUGAAAUUAAGUGAGGAAUUGAGUGGCGGUAGAUUGAAGCCAAAACCUAUUGAUGUACAAGUCAUUACACACCACAUGCAGCGAUAUGCAGUUUGGUUUGGAGGAUCAAUGCUGGCUUCCACGCCUGAGUUCUACCAAGUAUGCCACACCAAAAAGGAUUAUGAAGAAAUUGGACCUAGCAUUUGUCGUCACAAUCCAGUGUUUGGAGUCAUGUCGUAAAAUUGGCUUCAUAGUUAUUGGGGUUAGGGAGGUGGGGAAGAGAUAAUCUUUCUGAUUACCUGUUUUGUCUGGAUGGCUGGUUUUGAGGUUUUAAACCUGACUUGAAAUAGUAACACCAAACAUGAUUAUACAGGAAUAUUUUAAUAAGUGUAUCACCAUGCAGAUGUAGAAGAGAGCGAAAGUGAUUGUGUUUUUCUUUAGAUUGAAUAAUUGAAUCUUAUGUGUAACAAAAAGAAGUGGGUUUUAGUUCUUUCUGUGCCCUGAUAUUUUGUAUAUUAAUGAAUUAUCCAAGAUUCGAUGGGAUUUAUCAGUGUGUAGAUAGCUCUAUAAUGCUUGAAUUGUACACUUCUAAGUGUGCAGUGCAAGAGCUUGUUUAUAUUUCAUACUUUUUAUACUUUGAGGAAAAAAAGUCAAAGAAAAAUUGUAUUUGAGGGAAAAAACCAUGACCAAGUAAAGGAUAAAUUCAAAAAAUAGCCUCAUGAGACUUGGCAUACACACUCAUGGGAUUCCAGUUAUUAUGGAGUGCUUCCAUCCCUCUCCACCCCUUCCCCCCAAAAGGUUUUCUUUGCAAGUGCUUUUGGAACUAAGAGCUAGUAUCUUGGAUUAACUGAUGCCUGCUAGUGCUUUCUGAUUACUCGCAUUCUGUUUCUUGCUUUAAAAGAAGAGUAAAGACAAGAGUGUUGGACCAGUAUUGCAGUUCUGUAGUGUCAUUUCUUAUAAAAAACAAAACAACAACAAUAAUUUAUCAAAAUUGGCAUAUUUAAAGCCUAACAACAUUCUAAUAAAGGCGCAAAUUUCUUUUUAAUACUUGUUUCAGGCUCUUUAAUCUCUUUAUAAGUUAACUAAUAAAUCUAUUUUCUUCAAACUUCUGCAAUAGUUCUUUAAAAUCACAACAGUUAGCAAGCUGACUUUUUUAAUGUGCUCAAUACAAAUACUUGUGAACUUUUAAUAUGUUGAGUGCUUUCAUUUUGAUAACUGGAUCUCCAUUUGAUAUUUUCAUUUGUAUAACUCAUUUGAAGUCUGAAAAUUUUUUUUAGUGCCAGUCCCUGAACAUAUCAUUGAAAGUUAAUAUUCUUUGCAUUUUAAAAUAUCUGGAUUAUGAAGAAAAAGUGAUGAAAAUAAAUUAAAACUGAAUUACCUUU